AUGAUGAGAUUAUCUAAAGAUGUUCUAAUUCUAUUGGCGGCCCUCGUCGGGAGUCUGCAAUCAGCACAAUGUUUUGUUCCCAGUCACCAGAGCCCAAGUAGGCAUCCACUUUUGGCUGCUUCUUUGGCGUCUGCCCCUGUAAACGGAGAGGCGGCAACUUCGGAGGAAGACAGCGACAAGGAAACAUCCACCAAUGGAAUUACCGAGAUUCGAUUGAACGUCUUUGAAAAGGCCCGAACUGUCACGAGUGUUUGUACUUCUGGUACCUUAUGCACGGUUUCAACUCACGAGGGAAUUCAAGGAUCUCCAUUUGGAAGUUUUGUGGAUUACGUGCUAGACGACAAUGGUCUCCCUGUUCUUCUGAUGAAUGAAAUGAGCAUGCACACCAUCAACAUUGAAAAAGCAGCAUCUGAUGAUGAUGGAGCAGAACCAAUGGUCUCACUCUUUACACAACUCAGUAGUCAAACAGCUGGAAGUUCUCGAAAGACUGGACUACAGGACACAUCUCGUUGCUCACUGACGGGAGUGGUCAAGAAAAUCCCCGCCACCGAUCCCGAAAUGGAUGCCAUCCGAAUGAGAUAUUCCUUGACUCAUACUUAUGCGGAUCAGGUUAUGGACUCGCCCAAGUUUGCUUUCUACCGCUUGGAGCCCAAAAUGAUUUACUUCGUCGGAGGUUUUGGUGUGUCGUCCAAGUGGGUGGAUGUAGAACAAUACAAGGCUGCCAAUCCCGAUAUCCUCGCCAAGGAGGCAGCGGAAAUUGCGCAAAAAAUCAACCGAGAUCAUGCCGAAGAUCUCAUGUGGACCGCCCAACAUAUUCUGGGUCUUCCAGAAGCACAAAAAGUACGCCUCACCAACGUGGACAGGCUCGGCAUGGAUCUGCGUGUCACUAGUCCAAUGGGCACACGACGAAACAAACUGCAAACCGAUGAAUUCAGGAUUGGGUUCCGAAUCCCUGUCAUCUCUGUCGAAGAUGCCAAGUCCGAGAUUCAAAAGGUCUUCCAAGAAGCUUGGGAGAAAGCCAACGAAGUUUCGUGGGGUGACGAAGAGCCAGGAGUAGACGUUCCUGUGAUGAAGAUUGCCGCGGAUAGUCUCGACUACGAACAACCAAGUAGUCGUAAUGUUCAUUUUCCCAAGGAAAAGUCCCGACAUAUCUCGACGGGUGAAGCUUCAUUCAUUUGUUCCGCUCACACCGAUCAGGAUCACGAGGAUUACCGCAAGUGAACGGCAGGGGAAAAGGAUCUGUUGGGCUUGCAUUCGAUCUCCAAAGGAUUACUUUGUCAUUUGUUGUAACACGCCGCUCCGUCUUGGGCAUAGGCGGCACCUUCUGUCAGCGUAGUAACAUGUACCAAGCAGACAAGCCAGCAUACAUCACAUCCUGGACUCUUUCCAUGAAAACAGGAUGUGCGAAGCUAUAAUGGUUGCUUCUAUGGUUGGUUGAGCUUGCUAGAUCAACUCGCUGUGCUGUCCCAGUCCCAUGGGGACGUAUUCCACCGCCGAUAUUUCAAGAUGAGCAGGUACCUGCCACUACUACACCUCUUCCACGAGCGGGUCACCACUACCGGUAUCUGAGCGGAUGGAAGCACCGGUAUCGUACCGUAAAUCAGCACCAAAAGCGCAGCAAGGGGCAACACUACAUCAAAGAGAACAGAGGAGCAGCCAUUCAGCCCUGUGACACGAGGACUAUUGCAGGCGAGGGGGCUGAUGCACCAUUCCAAACCUUCGAAAUCCUCAAAAAGUGCAACGCGUGUACCGGUACGAUCCUGUCAUCGUAUUACCGCGCGGCUGCAAUAAAAACAGCAACCACCGAGUACACAGUUAUUGAGAAAAUAGUUUUAUUCAUUCAAAGAGAGCAAAUGCACUUGCUGCUUUAGAGACUGAGAAAGAGAUGAUAUGCCUGGUGCUUUCCAAGCACAAUAAAUAUGUAGACCACAAGAGAGAACACACACGCAAACUCUCUCAGGAUAAUUGCUUGGGUGUCGGCACAGCAAUCUGUUUUGUUUGCUUCUGCUGCGAUGUCAAGUAAGUUUGCUCGAGAACACACAAGAAGCGCCAACAAACCGUCUACAUUUGCCCUUACUUGGUCUUCUUCCCUUCCGAUGCACAAUUUUGUGGUCCUUCAUCCUCCGAGUCUUCCGAACCAGAGCUCGAAAUGGCCAUAUCUGAUGCAUCCUUCGACUUUUCUUCCUGUGCUGCUCGGUCCUUUGGGAAUCGCUUGAUUCGGCUGUAAGGACUCAUGUCGGGACGGGUAAUGUAGUCGUACAGGACCUUGGGCCACGAGUUAUAGGAAUGCAAAUCCUCGUAGUACUCGGGCGCAAUCUUUUUCACCAUCGGCAAGCGGAAUCCCGAGAUCUUUGGAAAAUCAUGGUGUUCAUUGUGGUAUCCGACAUUGAAAGAAACCAAAUUGAGAGGACCGUAGUACGAGUACGUCUCUUGUCCAGCUACAAAGGUGUAGUGCUCCGAGAUGAAGUGUCCAGCAACAGGGUGCAAUCCCAUUCCAAGUAGGGUGGAAGCAAAGUUGAAGAGCAGCGCCUUCCCGCCAAAGGUAUAUGCCAAAAACGCGUCAAAUCCCAAGACAACGGCAAAGUUGAGCCCUUCCUUCCACGUGGGGGCCUUUGGGUUGGUAAACAUCGGCCGAAGUGCGUAGAAGGCUGGCUGAAGAAACACAAAGAUUGUCUUCUUGAAAGUGUUGUUGAAGAAGCGGCCUUCCCAGUCAGUGGGUACAUCUACAUCAGUGAUGUUCUCUCCUUGCUUGUAGUGGUGUUCCAAGUGGUAUCGUUUGAAAGAGAUACAAGAGGGGAUGGACUGUGCACAGUUGGCAAUCAUGGCCAAGACUUCAUUGUACAGCGUGGUGUGGAAGCAGAGGUUGUGGGCCAGCUCAUGGGUGCCAAGGCUCAACCAAUGAGUCAAAGUUCCACCCACAGAAUAGGCCAAGAAGACGAAAUGUCUCCAAUCUUGAAUUUUGGUAGCAUAGAGGCUGAGAGCUAAUUGCACUGUUACAAUGACCAAGAUACUGGGCAACAGGCGGAUAUCCGGCCCAUAGAGCUGCUUAAUCUCCGGAUGCUUCUUGAGGAUUUCCUUUCUUCGGCUAAAGUGAGGCUCAUCGGUCCCAACCACUGUAAAGCUGGUCUUUGUUGAGGGCUUGAACAAGGUCACUUCCGGAUGCUUGGAUGGAGGGCACAUGGUGUUUGUUGUUUAUUGGAGUUUGAAUGAUAGCGAUUGCAAUAAGAUAUUGGCUUUUUGGAUUGGUCCUGUCGCCACAAAUGCUGCUUUGAAUACUAUUGCUCUAUGAACUCGGCAGUCCUCUCACAAAGAACUGUUAUGAAUUCUUUCUCAGGCAGGACUACACUUGAAUGGUCAAGAUGUUGCCUUCCUCGCUGAUGAGCAAGCUAAUAUGUGGGGUAUCGUAUCCGGUGCCGUCGUGCAAGGUGCAGCCAAUGCAAAAAAAGUCUUCGGUUUUUUCCUCGUCGGCUUGUUAUGUUGCCGUUGAAAUCCGAUGUGCCUGGUCGCAGGUUCAGUCAUUCUUGGGUGGAGGAGCGUCCGUCAGCGUUGCUGCAGGGCUGGUGCGUUAUGUUAAAUAAGGUCAGUUAGAGUUCCCAUUUUUAGAAUUUCAUAGAAAGCAUGGUUUAAAAAGGUUUACAAGGAAAGACAAAAACCAAAGGAACAAAUCUAGACUACCAAAACAAUAAAAUGGUC